AUGGAUUACCUUAAUGCAUACAAAUAUAUAUUUUUAAGUUUGCAUUUACUUAUUAUUCAACAAACAACGUAUAAAAAUCAAAAGGUCAGUUUGAUCUGCAACGCUUCUGGUGAGCCGUCACCCACAUUUUCUUGGUACAAAGAUGAUGAAAUCAUAGACGGUGAAUCUGAGAUAGUCCUAGAAAUUGCAAACAGUUCCAUCUACCACGCUGGAUUAUACCAUUGCGUAGCGGGGAACAUUAUCGCUAGACUAACAUUCCCGCCCUCAAGCGUGAGAGUUUCAGAAGAGGAAUCAAAACCGAUUCAUGAUGUAGUCACCACUCCAAGAAUUGCAGUUGCAUCGGCUAUAAAUGACGACAACGAUGGUUUGAAAAAGGAACACGCUGAUGACAAGGAGUCCUUUCCGCUUGUGGCUGUUAUGGUCCCCACGGUCGUGGUACUAGUUGUUGCCGCCGGAGUGGCUGCGUACAGUUGGCGGUUAUACAAAAGGAGACUGUCGAGGAAAGCUAAUGCUACAGCAGCAGCGUCAGUAUGAAUAUGGUGCGGCCAGACGUUAGUAAACCAGUAUUUAGACUGGAUAAGGUUGGCAAGAAUCCGGCGGAUAUCUAACUAAAGUCUUUCUUCUUUUUGUCAAAAUGUUAUAUUUAGAUUUUGUUUUUUUGUUUGAUAAUUUUGGGAGUGGUGUGGCAUAAAAGAUCAUAGGAUUACAUUUUGACUUUCGUAUAGGUUGCUUUCUCGAUUCAGACUUAUUUGUAUUUUGUUUAUCAUUCACAUACAAUAAUACAUUGCAUUUUGUUUUGGUUAUUAUGAUGUAAAAUUUAAGCAACGUAUCAUUCUUCUAUGAUAUUUCUCCUAACAUAAACAUUGGUUGGAAAUUUUUUGACGUAUCAUUAAUACAAAUUAAAAAAAAAAAACUAUUUGGACAAGGACAGUAGUCUAAAAUUCAAAUAUUUACCCUGUUUGGUACACGGUACGGGUUCCAUCAAAAAUAAACAAGAGAACCAAACGUACAAACACCACAAACAGACCACACGCGCAUCACAGUAGCUUCAUCAAUAAAAUUGAAUGGUGAGAUUCCCGCUUUGGGUGGUUUUUGUCUGCUAGCUUAACGUAUAUUUAAAAACAAGGAUAAUGUUUAUGAAUAUUAUAGCUUAUUUUAGCCUAAUAUAUGCAUUCUAUAUUUCCCAAUACAAUAACAAAUAGAUGUGCGACUGAAACAUAUACAACAUCUCCGCUGUUUGUCUGUCACGAGAUUCACGAGUUACAUAUUUAUUCACCUUACAUUUUUAUGGUGAGACAUACCAUAGUAUGUGAACUAAAUAUCCUACGUUGUAUUCUAGUUUCAUAGUCAGUUUGUUUUUAAAUCAAUUUUUAUUGUGUCUUUUUUCUUCUUUUUUGUGUACACAUAUGUAUUUUCUGAAGGAAAAGUUUUAGUUUGAUGUGCUUUUGUGAAAGAUUUUACUUUAUAUGAAACAUUGUGAAAUUUAUCUUGAAACAUUGUGAAAUUGUUCUUGAAUCAUAUAAGUUUGAAACAUUUAAAAAGGCGACAAAACAGAAAAGACAAUAUAAAAUAGAUAACUGGCCAUCCGGUUUUUGAAACUACAACCUUCAAUGCUUUAUGGUGCUUUUACAGAUUAAACAUAAAAGCGGACACAAACGAAAAUUCCAUCAGUUUCAAUCUUGUUUAAUUAUUGGUAAAAUGGUAUUUUCUCCGCGCAUGUGUCAUAAUAAA